UGUUCAUAACGUAUCUGGCGCUUCAAGUUACCACCGGCGGGCAAUCGUCAAGUCAGCGAGUAUCGAUAUGGCAUCACAUGCACGAUUUUCUCAUCUAUCCCGCGAUUAUUACCAGGUCGACCAAUAAGACUGCUCAAUGAGAGUCCAGUCCUAGAUAGAUGAAGGAAAGAUCUCUACUUCUGGUUGCUUAAUUACUGGCGACCUGGGCCUGUGUACGACUCUGCGUCUGAGAAAGAGGGGAUGGGAACAAUUGCAAGACUCAUUCCUGAAGCUUUUGAAGUUUUGAAGUUCCCAGGCUACUUGUGCGCUGCUCGCAGUGCACAGUCCACGAGGAUGAUGAUUGUCAUUCAACAAGACUCAAGCAUAGUCCAUCGCUAUGCGUCCAGCAGGGAUCAGCAGGGACCCAGAUACAGUGUAUUUCGCGGAUACCAGGAUGAGCAGCCAGCCCAGAUUUGGUGGAGCUUGCCGCCCUGAGAGCUUUGAAGCAUGUCCUUUCUGGCAUCAUGAUGAUCAAACAUAGACCAACAACUUCCUUCGGUCACUUCUCGCAACACUCUACUAGCAAUGGGAUCGUUAGACACGGCGGCGACCUUACCCCCCAGCUCCUCCGCGCUCAAUAAAUCCACCACGACCGCGCCAAUCACUUCAACUUCUGGCGGCAUGACACCCGAACUUGAAUCUACAUUGUCUCUGCUUUCUUCUCAUCGCUCGGUCCUGGGCUAUAUACUCGUCAGCCGGGGACAUCCGGUCAGCAUCAUACGACAUUCGGGCAGCGUGUUCGACGGCGAGCAGGGUCGACGGUAUGCCAGUGCCAUUGGGAGGAUCGUGGAGAGCGUGAGCACAGGUCUGGAGGAGGUGCACGGAAGUGCGGAUGCGGAUCCGGAGGAUCUGCGAUUCUUGCGCAUUCGGACGAAGCGCCACGAAAUUCUCAUAUCCCCUGACGACCGUUAUCUUCUGGCUGUAUUACACGAUCCAUCGACAUGACCACUCUCCCUGUUCUUCUGCACUUUCUGCUUUCCUUGUAUAUCUAUUUAGGGACUCUUGAAUUAUGGCGAUCAUCCCCUUAAUCGCUCUGAAGGAACAAAGCCCCUGCCAUUCCUUUCUCCGAUGAAGAGAAAUUGCAUUCCGUCCGAUCCCGUUAAUGAUCCCCACGCUCUUCCAGCGCUCCCAGAGCAUGCCCACACCGACGGCCGCACCAGGUUCACCACGAAUAUCUCGCU